AUGACCGCCCAUUUUGAAGAUGCGCCAGUGUUGAUUGUUUCGCAGGCGUGCCGCUACAGCAGUCUGGACCAGACUCAGGAGCCGUUCAAAUUGCUUGAUCUGCUGUUGGCCCACGGCGCAGACAUCAACGCGCAAAACUACCGCGGCCACACGGCCCUGUCACAAGCGGCCAGCCGAGGUGACGAGAGCAUGGUUGAGUACCUGUUGGAGCACGGCGCUGAGCGAGCUGUGAAGAACAGGCUCGGCGCUUCUCCGCGCCGCGUUGCGCGUGCACAGGGCCACACCAAGGUCGCCCGCAUGCUGGAGUACUAA